AUGUUCUUCUGCAAAGCCAACAAGAGAAGUUGCAAGGAGUUAAACCAGAUCUUAAGCAAGUAUGAAAUUGUCUCUGGACAACUCAUAAACUCCCAUAAAUCAUCAAUAACUUUCUCCCUAAAGACACCUGAAUCCUCCCGAGAUUUAAUGAAGAGGUUCUUACGUAUUGAGAAGGAGGGAGGAAGUGGAAAGUACCUUGGGCUACCCGAACAUUUUGGGAGAAAGAAGAAAGAUCUUUUCACAGCCAUUGUGGACAGAAGCAAGCAAAAAGCUUCAAGUUGGUCAACCAGACGCCUCUCAACUGCUGGAAAAAUGGUCAUGUUGAAGAGUGUUUUGGCAGCUAUGCCAACCUACACUAUGUCGUGUUUUCAACUUCCCCAAUCUUUGUGUAAACGGAUCCAAUCCGCCUUGACGAGAUUCUGGUGGGACACAUCACCUGAGAAAAAGAACAUGAGUUGGGUAUCAUGGGAAAGAAUGGCAAAACCAAAACAUCUAGGCGGUCUAGGCUUUAAAGACAUCAACAACUUCAACGACGCUCUGCUUGCAAAGCUCAGCUAG